GGCUUUCUAGAAAUCUAAGUACACUGUGUCCAUUGUAUUCCCCUUGUCCACAUGUUUGUUGACCCCCUCAAAGAACUCUAAUAGAUUAAUAAGACAUGAUUUCCCUUUACAGAAACCAUGUUAUCUUUUUCCCAACAAUUUGUUCUUCUUUGUCUGACAAUUUUAUUCUUUACUAUUGUUUCAACUAAUUUGCCCAAUACUGACGUUAGACUUCUUGGUCUGUAAUUGUAAACUGAUGUAGAAGGUAGUGGCCUGCCUGGUAAGUGCUGUGCCUUGAUAGGACAACAGUGGUCAGCCAUCUGCACUGGAGAAAGGCACAAAUCACAGUAAAUAGAUUGCAGUAUCCUGUUCCAAGACUCAUGAACAAAGCAUUAUGAGGCACAGCUGUUCUAUGGUCAACUGACGGUAGCUGGAGCUCAAACGCUAGUCCCAGAAUGUGAAUGAGAGUAACUGAUGGCAGACACAUCCUCAAAGUGGGGUGUGAGAAAUCAAUGUCACAUCUACUCACUACUUCCCUCUGCCUGUGAACUUCACCUUAGCCAUAUCCAGAUUGAGCUUUAGCUUGCCUCUUUUCCAAGCCCCAAUCUCCAAACAUGACCAGGUGCUCAACAGCACUGGCAGAAUCAGGCAUGGUAGAGAACAAGAGCUGGGUGUUGUCAGCGUACUGAUCAUUCUGCAUCCCAUACUUCCUUGCUAACCCUCUUAAAGGCCUUAUAUACCUAUUAAACAGGAGCAGAAUGAGGAUGAGAUGGAACCCUGCAAAACUCCAAAUAACGGCACUCUAAGGGGGACAGAACGUUGAUUCAGGACAAGUGGCUCAUGCCAACUUCUGGGAACACUUGGUCAGGGAGGAAAGGAACCACCCAAGAGCAGCCCUAUCUAUUGCAGGUGCAGUUCACAGGUGAGUCUGAUACCUCAUGGUCAUUUAUAUCCUGGCAGCUGAUAGCUCUAACAUCAGGAUGAACACAUGAUCUUCAUCCAUUGCCAGGAGGUGAUCUACCAAUGGCACUUUUGCAAUUUCUGUUCUAUAUCCAGACUGACAAGGGUUAAAGAGAUUUGAGGCACUUACAUACUCUGGGAGUUGUCUCAGCACAGUCUUCUCAAUAACUUUUUUAACCAGGAAUGUAAGAUUGGAUUCUGGACAACAGUUAGCGAAAUAGUGUCGUAUUAGUUUCAUGAGCGAAGACCGUACAGCAGCUUCCUUAAGUGAAACUGGCAUCUUGCCCUUUGUAAGAGAGGAACUGAUAGAUACAGGUGCGGUCUCUGGGUUGUCAGCAGAGCAACAGCACGUUCUGGGAUGUAGAGGUGUGUCGUUUGCUCUUUUGCACUUCAUCAAAGACAAUGUUAUAUCUUCUUAAUAUAUGUUCCAUUCUAUGCAUCCGAUGAAGUGGCCUGUAGCCCACGAAAGCUUAUGCUCUAAUAAAUUUUAGUCUCUAAGGUGCCACAAGUUCUCCUGUUCUUUUAACAGAAUCAAAGUCUCUCCUGUCUCCCUUGAUUCCAGUUGGGGUGAAUGCCAGUACUUAAAGGCUUGGCUGGUUCAGUGCUUGGUUUUUGUUUUUUACUCCUCCAUCCUUUUACCUCCUUGUGCCUGAAUACGAUAAUAGGUGCACGAUUGCGGUUUGCUGUGUGGCUGAGGAAAGCAAACAGCAGUACUUUCCACAGCUGUUGUGCAAAUUGCACCUCCCGUCCAUGGCAGACUGAGUCAAGCUGCACCUCCAGCAGUCUCUAGAGCCUGAUGCUGUCAUUUGACUCAGAGCUCCAGCCCCCACUUGCCAGAAAUUCAAAGACUUAGUCUCCUCCAGAAUAAUGUUUAAUGGCAUUACGGCACCAUCUGACUGAAGGCAAGUAUUUUAAUGUGUAAUUGAAAUGUUGGUGUCUCUCCAACCACACGUGCUUUGCUGCACACUGUUUUCUGUCUAUUGCACACGCUCGUCCCAGAAUUUCACUGCCAUCUCCCCUGUAAAUUGGAGUGGAUUAUUUUGUCUUCCUUAUGAUACCAUCCUAAUCCCUGCUGAGGCUGCUCUCUCUCGGGUCCUGUACUUUCUGUUUCUGAAUGAUAUACAAGCAGGUUGAAAUGAUCAGGAACCAUAAAAGACUUUUCACCUGAAAGUGUUGAGGAAAUGCUGCCUAACCCUGGGAGGAAAAAAGAGAGAUGACUCAACACUAUGUAGCAAGCUAUCCCUGGCUCAGAAAUGGAUUGGAAUUGCAAAUGGAUGUGGCAUCAAAUCCAAGACAUAGUGUGCCACCUGGUCCUGGACAGAUCCAUCCUACCUCUGAUGAUCCCUUAGGAAUCUGUGUUUCUCUCGUGCUUUGGCAACACUUGAGUGCUGUGUCCCAUCAAAUAUUGAAUCAGUCCAGAGUGUCCAGCAUUUGGCAGCACACGCUUUGCGCAUGAGGGGAGUUUUCUUUCUGUACCUAUUGCAGUAUUCCCACGCGUAAGAGGCAGACCAGACAGACUGUACAUUAGAGGAGAUGUAGAGUUUGGCUCCCCUUUAUUCUCUGGCCUUGGGCUGGAACCAAAUGUCAGAUCAAAAUAGUAGAGACAAAAUGUUCCUGACAAGAAGCAACUGGAAGUUGAUGUAUGCAGGGGUUGCACUGAAGCUCUGAUGAACCUGACAGGGAUGGAAGUGACAAAACCAAGCUCAGUAACUCCCCUUUGAAAUCGCUUCUGAUACUGCACCAAGCAUGGAUCACUGUGCUUCAACCUGUGUGUUGUUGGCAACCCCAGGAUCCUGUUACCUUCUCAGUUCCAGAUUGGUCAAAGUUUUUUAUUUUAUUUUUACUUACAAUUUUGUACAACUAAAUGGGGGAGGGGGUUGUCAAAAUUAAAAAUUUUUCAUAGGAAAAUAUUUUGAUGAAAAUAAUUUUUGGGGGGGAUAUUGGAAACUUUUUUUGCUUUCUAAUUCAAAUUUUGAAAUGCCAAUUUUUUUUUUCAUUUUGACAUUUCCACAUUGGAAUGUUUCUUUCCAUGAAAACUUUUCAUAUUUUGACUUUUUAUUUAGUUUUCAGCAAGAAAACAAAUGUCAAACUAUUGGAUUUUCUGGUGGGAUGGGAAUUCCGUUUUAUAAACAGCUGUAGUUGGGGCAGUUUUCUGUUUAUUCAGUAAACCCUCUGACUUUUUCAAGCAUCUGUAAAUGAGUCUGAACAAACAUUUUAAAAUAAUUCACUAUUUCCUGUCCUGUCUGUGCAUCUUUGUUACUGUCUUUUGGGACUAGAUCGCAGGCUUUGCGUGGAAGAAUCGGAAGAAUUGGUGGAAGGCUGAGUUGAGGCUCUGGUUGAUGCUAGAACUCUUCAGUUCCCUUUCACAGGUGGGAUGGAUUACAGAGUCCCUGGGGCAGUUAGCAAUGGAGAGACGAUACCUGCUCAUCCAGGCAUGGAAAAGCAGAAGGAAGAAGAGAAUCAAACACUGGAACGAGGCCAUUGGAACAAUAAGCUGGAAUAUGUGCUAUCCGUCGCUGGAGAGAUUAUUGGCCUGGGUAACGUCUGGAGGUUCCCCUACCUCUGUUACAAGAAUGGUGGAGGUGCUUUCUUUAUCCCCUACCUCAUCUUCCUCUUCACCUGUGGGAUCCCAGUGUUCUUCCUGGAGACAGCGCUAGGGCAGUACACCAGCCAGGGAGGGGUCACUGCCUGGCGGAAGCUCUGCCCUCUCUUUGAAGGAAUUGGUUAUGCUUCCCAGGUGAUCGUCAUACUCCUGAAUUUCUAUUACAUUAUUGUCCUGGCUUGGGCCUUGUUUUACCUCUUCAGUUCAUUCACCAUAGACCUUCCCUGGGGCAGCUGUGACCAUGAGUGGAACACAGAGAACUGCGUGGAAUUCCAGAAGGCAAACACCUCUCUAAACAUGACGACCGAAAACGCCACCUCCCCUGUCAUCGAGUUCUGGGAGAGGAGAGUGUUGAAGAUUUCCACUGGCAUAGAGCACUUGGGGAGCCUGCGCUGGGAGCUGUCUCUCUGCCUCCUGCUCGCCUGGGUCAUCUGCUACUUCUGCAUCUGGAAAGGAGUUAAGUCCACAGGCAAGGUGGUGUAUUUCACUGCUACGUUCCCAUACCUCAUGCUGGUAGUUCUGCUGAUCAGGGGAAUCUCUCUGCCAGGGGCGAUGCAGGGGGUCCUGUUCUACCUUUACCCAGAUCUCACUCGUCUCAUUGAUCCUCAGGUAUGGAUGGACGCAGGCACGCAGAUCUUCUUCUCUUAUGCCAUUUGCCUGGGGUGCCUGACAGCCUUGGGUAGCUAUAACAAGUACCACAACAACUGUUACAGGGACUGCAUUGCGCUGUGUUUUUUGAACAGUGGUACGAGUUUUGUGGCUGGCUUUGCAAUCUUUUCCAUCUUGGGCUUUAUGGCGCAGGAACAAGGCGUGCCUAUUUCUGAGGUAGCCGAGUCAGGACCUGGCCUGGCAUUUAUCGCAUACCCUCGAGCUGUUGUCAUGCUGCCUUUCUCCCCACUCUGGGCCUGCUGCUUCUUCCUGAUGGUUGUUCUGCUGGGACUGGAUAGCCAGUUCGUCUGUGUGGAGAGCCUGGUAACAGCUGUUGUCGAUAUGUACCCCACCAUCUUCCGGAAGCAAAACCGCCGUGAGACCCUCAUCUUGCUUGUCUCCAUCCUCUCCUACCUUGUAGGACUGGUCAUGCUCACAGAGGGUGGGAUGUACAUCUUCCAGCUCUUCGAUUACUAUGCUGCCAGCGGCAUGUGCCUGCUCUUCGUUGCCAUCUUUGAGACACUUUGUAUCGCCUGGGUGUAUGGUGCUGAUCGUUUCUAUGAUAACAUUGAAGACAUGAUUGGUUACAGGCCAUGGCCUAUUAUCAAAUACUGCUGGCUCUUCAUCACGCCAGCUGUCUGCAUGGCGACCUUCCUGUUUUCUCUGAUUAAAUAUACCCCUCUGACCUACAACAAGAAGUAUGUGUAUCCCUGGUGGGGAGACACCCUGGGCUGGCUGCUGGCCCUCUCAUCUAUGGUCUGCAUCCCUCUCUGGAUUGUCUACAAACUCUCCAUGAUCAAGGGCUCCCUAAGAGAGAGAUUCCGCCAGUUGGUCUGCCCAGAUGAGGACUUACCUUUCAGUCUGCGUCCGGGGCAGCCCCUUCCUUCCACCAGACCUGGCCUCCUGAUGUUGACAGAGCUAGAGUCCCAUUGUUAGGGCCACUGUGGACCCCCAGAUUGUUUGAUACAUCCCUUCUAACUGUCGGAUGACUCAAGGAUACUCCACUUGCUGAGGGGAGCAGGACUUGUGAGCUGACCUCUCUUCCACUGGAGGAUUGGAUGGGCUCAGCAGGGCCUGCCAUAGAAGGGUCUCCAGGGACAGUGUGGAGUCAGUGAUGCACCUUAUUGUCUCCUGGGGAGCAGACACAGGAGCUAAUUCAAACAGCUGAGUCUCCCCAGCGCUCCAGUGGGUGGGACAGGAGAGACUCAGCCCUGGAGUGGAGACGGUCAAAGCGUCACAGAGGCUAUUCUCCCACAUGGACUUUGAGGACCUCUCCAUUCAUUCCAUUAAAUCCUUUAUCUUAUCAGUCCUGAGUGGAUCUGCCUGAAGUGAGCUGUAGCUCACGAAAGCUUAUGCUCUAAUAAAUUUGUUAGUCUCUAAGGUG